AUGGAUCGGAACCACGACCACGGUGGAAGGUCCGGCCCGUCAACCAGUCCGGGGAGGCGCACCUCAUUCCCGCCUAUAAAGGCGCGGCGGAUCGCGUGCCAGAGAGUGGGAAGGAGUGUGGGCUGUGGUCCUGUGGAGGGGAUGGAGAAGGCGGUGAUGGCGUACAGAGGGGUGCUGCGGCUGGUGAGGAAGCUGCCGGAGGACAGCCGCCCCUACUACGCUAAGUUUGCGCGGGAGAACUUCGUCAACUACAGGGACGUCGAAGAUCCCGCCACCCUUGACGAGCUCCUCCGCAGGACCUUCUCCCACUCCUGCUGGGUCCUGAAGAAGUAUGAGAUUGACGAGAGCGCUGCUUCUGAAUUGAAGAAGAUCUGCGGGUGUUGACGAUCGCGUCUUUUCAAACUGCAAUUGCUUGCGGUACGCUCUUCCUGUUUGGGUCUGUAUACUUCUUUCUGUCUGUUUUGAUUUGAGACCUGAUUCCAUUUCUUGAAAUUGAAUCGAGGUAUGUCCUUUCUCGUAAAACGUUGGAAGGUAGGAUUCUUACAUCGGACUGUGAGAAUAAAGUGGUUAUUCUAGCGACACAA